AAAAUGCUCGCAUGCCUACACGAUGCAGACAUUUUUUUUUCGACGAGCUAAUAAUGCUGUGUUUAUAAGAAGCAUGCGUCAAUCAGAAGCUUAGGUACCUUAGUACCUACCUACCGUUUUACUUGUUGAAAUGUGGUUACUUUUGCUGCACGUGAAUCCACUUGUUAAACUGGAUUUACAAGAUUUGGAAUACCUGGUGUAGUUUUAACAAAUUAUAAAUAUGUAAUUAAACGGUUAAAUUAGUUUGCCUUUGAAUUACGAAAUAAACUACCGCGUUUGAUUUUUAGACAAUUCUGAACAACAUGUCGCUGUAGUCGGUCGUCUGCGGUUAAAUUUAACCUAGGUAAUUGCCCACCGGUUUCUCGUUUUGUUUACUUAUCGUGUUGCUGCUGUAUGCUUAUAAGGAGCCAGACUACCGUUUGCGCUGCAGAAUGGAAUCCUUCAACGGAACCUGUCCAAAUAUCGUAAGUGUAGGAAGUUCUCAGCUACUAUUUACUCACUUAUUGUCAACUUUGAUACAAUCCUACUGCGGUAUCAACACUGUUUACUCAGCCGAUCGAAGUGCAGACAUCAUCCAAACAAACGAUGAAUUUGAUUUCAUCGUUGUCGGAGCUGGCUCAGCUGGACCCGCAUUGGCGAAUCGUUUGAGUGAAAUAAGCUCCUGGAAAAUUUUACUCAUUGAAGCUGGGCCUGAUCCUCCGAUCGAAUCCGAUAUCCCAGCCAUUUUCCUGACCCUUCUAGGUUCGAAGUAUGAUUGGAAUUAUAAAGCAGAAAAAUCAGAGAAGAGCUGCCGAAGUAUGAUCAACAAACAGUGUCUGUGGCCUCGGGGUAAAUUCUUGGGAGGCUGCAGCUCGAUUAAUGGUAUGUUGUAUGUACGCUGCCAUUCCAAAGAUUACGACAACUGGGAAAGUCUAGGUAACCCUGGCUGGAAUUAUGAAAAUGUUUUGAAAUAUUUCAAAAAGUUGGAGAUUUUUAAUUCGGAUUCAAUGGAAAAGGAAGCCCAUGGAUAUGAGGGUUAUGUCAAUGUGGAGAACUUUCCAGAUGGAGAUCUACUUGGUAAUAGAUUCGAUAAAGAUUUAUUGGUGAGAUUAUAUAAUGAGUUGGGAUUACCUUUUGUCGGAGAUAUGAGUGCAAAGCAGAAAUCUGGAGUUACUAUAAUUCCAGGAACUGUGAAAAAUGGUGUUAGACAGAAUACUGCUAAAGCUUACCUAGCCCCUAUUAAAGAUAGAAAAAAUUUAUCGGUGAUGAAAGAAACCUUGGUCACUAAAGUAUUAAUUGAUAAUAAUAAAAAGGUUUAUGGCGUUGAAGUAUUUCGAAAUAAUGUCCAUGCAAAAAUAAUUGCCAAGAAGGAAGUCAUAUUGACCGCCGGAGCAUUGAACUCACCUCAGCUUCUCAUGCUUUCAGGAAUUGGUCCACGAGAUCAUUUGAAAGACUUGAAUAUUCCAUUAAUUAAUGACUUGAAAGUCGGUUACAAUUUACAAGAUCAUAUAUUCUUGACCAAUUUACUAGCUAAAGUUACCGUCAAAGAAUCCAAAGAAGUUUCACCGCUCGAUUUAUUGUAUUCGUAUUUGAGUAAAAGGACUGAAUUUGCAUCCGUUUCCACUCUCGAUACAAUGGCAUUUGCUGACACUCUGAAUACCACUGACGAUUAUCCUGAUAUCCAAGUGCAUCAUUUUGAUUACUUGGUUAAAACUGACGCAUUACGAGGAUACCUUCGAAGUGCUAAUUUUCCAGUAGAACUUAUCGAGAAGUUUGAAAAAGUAAACGAGAAACAUUAUAUGAUUCAAUUCCUACCAACUUUACUGAGACCUAAAAGUACAGGCAGAAUAAUGCUAAACAGUAAUAAUGCUGUUGAGCAGCCAAAAAUCAUUACCGGAUAUUUGACCGAAUACGAAGAUAUUAAGACUUUAAUUCGGGGUGUAAAAUUAAUUCACAAGCUCGCAAAUACCACAACAUUCAAAUCAUGCUGCGAAUUUGUCGAAAUUCAACCUCUAAAUGAUUGCAAAAAUUUAAAGCCAGCAACGGAUGAAUAUUACGAAUGUCUUAUUCGUAAUUUUGCCCAAACUGUGUACCAUCCAGUGGGUACUUGUAAAAUGGGCCCUGAAAGCGAUAAAGAUGCUGUGGUUGAUGCCAGACUCAGAGUAUACGGAGUGAAAGGUUUGAGAGUGGCUGAUGCUUCGAUAAUGCCAAAAAUAGUCAAUGGAAAUACGAAUCUCCCUGUGAUUAUGAUCGGAGAAAAGGCUGCAGAUUUGAUAAAAGAAGACUGGCACGAUGAUCUCAAUCAUAAAGAAUUAUAGAAAUUGAAUACUUUCCUGGGUAGGUACCUACCUGUAUAGUGAGUUGAUUUAAUUUUUAUAAAUUGCUAUAAUUUUUUCUCAGAUACCUAAUUUAUUAAGCUUUAAAUUAGGUUUAAAAACCCUCCAAAAAAUCAUGAAAAAUAUUAAAUAGGGACCGAAUUCAAUUGUUUAUCAAAUCGUAUUCUGAAGAAGAAGAAAGUGCUUGAGUAUUAGGUAGUGGGUACUCGAUAAGUUUGGGAUGUUUGUGUACUGCCGAUAAAACGGUUCCAACUCGAACAUUUUAUAACUUUAGGACAGCUUUAUUAUUUGAAAAUUUAAAUACAUAUUUAUUAUCAUUUCGUUCCAUGAUGAUUCUACUAGAAAAUAAUACAUAACGUCAUUUCCAUUUCAGCGUAAGUUUCGUUUCGAAAUUUAUUUUUGAACUUACAAAAAAUAAAUACCUCGCGAAAGAAAAAAAAUAUUCGCAAAGUUGGGAAAAUGAAUACUUUUAUUUUGCCAAAGGCCCCACAAUAUUUUGAAAUUGUCUCAUUUUCACUCCAAGAUAUUUGUAAUACUUAGACACAAUUGAUUUAGUUCAUCAGAAAUCACCAAAUUAUGAAAUUGAAUUUGAUAGCUACAAAUUUGUUUUUCUGCUACGGAGGGGGGCGGUGUUGCGUAGUUGUAUUUUUUUUAUUUACUUAUUUUGUACAUUAUUUGAAGGGUUAAAUGGAAAAGGGGCCUUAGUCAUUUUUUUAUUGUUCAAAUAGACUUGAAAUUUUUUUCUACAAUCAAAUAUUUUCCAAUUUGUUUUUUUUUUCAUCACUGAAUAUGGUGAAAUUAAUUUUUUUAAAUUUUUAAUAUAUUCAAAAUUAUAAAAAUAAAAAAAUGACUAGGUAGUGUAAGGCCCCUUUUCUGUGGAACCUUUAUUUGUUUAUCGCGAUGGUCGUUGGUACGCCACCUCUUCAACGGCCUCUAAAUUUUCUACUUUUCGAUCGUUUUGAUCUCGUAACUACAUAAUAACCAUGAAUUAAUGUAAAUGAAGUUGUGUAUAAAGUUUAUUGAACUUUGUUGAAUUAUUUUUCCGUUGAAGUUAUAGAUUUUCAAAGUUCGUAAAAUUGAAAAGUCAUUAUUAUUAUUUUUUUUUCAAAAAUACCAGUUUCGUGCAAUUUGAAGCAAUAUAAGUAUUAUGAUACUUUGUACAUAAGUUAUUAGGUAAGCAAAUAUGUAUAUUGUUCAUUUCUAUUUUUUAACAAAAUACAAUUUGGUAUACUUUUUUGCUCAUGUGGUUGCCUAUUAUUAUGAUUUAAAAGGAAGAGUAAGAUGUUCUCCAGUAAUGUUCAUGUCAAAGUCAAGAUACACAAUUUUUUUGUGCAUUUUGUCAUGAGGUAUCAAUAAAUUUAACUAAAAUUGUGUAUCUUUUUAAUAGGUACCUAUAAUUUGUUAUAAUGAAUUUUUUCGUAAAUAAAUAAAUCCACCAUGUU